UUUUCACAUUUCCAUUGUUGUAUGAAAGUGCUUCAUUUCAGUUUAGUUGCCCUUGCAUUCAGUUUUCUCUGAUGGCACCGCUCUCCUCCCAGUGCUAAGAUCCGCACCAAUUUUUUCCCCCAUUCCAGCAACUUCAUUCUUCUCCCUGUAUAAUAGUGGAUUUUCCAUGGUGGAUUUGUGGUGGGCUAUUUUGGGCUCUGUACUGGCUCCUACAUGCGCUGCUGUAAUCCAAUUGUGAUAGUGUUAAUUUUUAAAGCUUUAUUAUUGAAAUUGCUGAGACCUAAUUUUCUGAUCCUGUCACUGUUGACGACCGCCAUAAUCAGCUAAUUCAAGUUAUUCCAGGCCAUUAAGUUGCACGCAGGGAUUGGUCGUGGUCACUGAAGCAGCAGGGAGGGAAGGGGAUAAUAUCUAUGUUAGAUGUAUAGCUUUGGGGUUUAUUCAUGCUUGCAGUCAUACAGGCAGUCUACUUGUUUCAGGUUUAACAAAACCCCAAGAGACUUUUUUUUCCCAUUUUUGUUGUGUGUGUGUGUGUGUGUGCGCAGAGUGACCCACAGGAUGCCCUCUCAAAGGAAUUUGAAUAGCACUAUAAAGCUCUGGCGGUGUGUGUUUUAUUUUUGUUCAGGUGCAGGUUCACAUUGGUAUUUUUUGGUUGUUUCAAUGCAUGAACACUUUUAUGAGUGGCAGUAGAAUACUAAUGUUCUUGUGAAUUGUGUUGCUGUAGCUAUGGUGUGUGCCUGGGUAGGGGUGUAAUUGUAUCUCACACAGAUUAUCUUCUCUCCAGUGCCUAAUCUGUGAAUAGAAGUAACACACACACACACACACAUUGUGUUACAUACAGACGAUAGGCCCUGGACUCACAAACACAACUCUUUUUGACUACUUGGUUGCCAGGAAACUUAGCCUGAGUCUUUGAGAGUGAGGGAUAAUAAAAGAAAAGAAUUGUGUGUGUGUGGGUCUGUGUGUGUGUUUGUGGGGCUGUGUGGCUUCUGCCACUGUCUGGGCUACUGGGGGCAGUUAGUUAAUUCUGUGGGUGUGAGUGUGUGCUGCAGCCAGGGCUGUUAACACUGAUUGCUCCUCCGUCCUCGCUAGCUUAAUCAAACCUCUAGACACAAAGCUCCGGCUCUGGGAAUCAGCUGAAUCUUCUAUGGACAAGACCAAGGCCAAGGCAGAGUAGAAUCGGAGACUGAGGAUUUGUUUGAAAUGUCAUACUUUUUUUUAUUAUUAUUGUGUUUCAGCAUCUCAGAAGUAUAGGGAAAGUUUGCUCUGAACACUGAUUGUGGAUUGAGAGGAUGAAACUGGACGUCUUGCUUGACUGCAGUAGAUGAUACUCUGUCCAACUCUAAUAAAACCCAGAUAGAAAUCCAGCAGUGACAGUUUCAAGAAAGCUGACUGGACCUCUAGGAACAAGAGAGACAACACAGGUGAGCUGUAACCAUGGGAACGAGGAUGGAGGUGGCACAGCUUGAGAGCAGGAUGAACACAGACGACUAUAGAAAGCUACAGAGCCUUUUCCUGGACCCCUCGGGAGCAUCUCGUUCUUUGUCCAGAACUGAAUUCAUCGAUUUGGCUUGGUCCUCAGUGGGCCGUGGCUCCAAGGAGGAAUAUGGCCUCCUGUUUGACAGUGUGGUCGUCACUCAGGAACACCGCGGCCUCCUUCUGGACACUGACGCUGUGAAGGAAGAGGGUUGUGUCGACUGGGGAGGCCUCUGCUCUUUUCUGGUGCUGGAGCUUUCUGAUAAAGUGAAGAACACCAGAACCAGUAGUGUGCCUUGCUGGCAGCCUCCACGCACCAUGACCUGUCCACAUCGGGACCAGGUUCAAAAGGUGUUGUACUUGGAGAGUUCAGGUCAGUAUCUGACUGUGAGUAAAGGAGGGACUGUAGGGCUGCGGGACAAAGAGGACAUGUCCCUUUUGCACACACUUCGACUUCAAAACAGCACAGUCACACCCAAAGACCUUUGGGUCACAGACAUGGUGCUGCUACACAACGUACACAAGAUAGCUGUGUCAUUUACAAGUAAGGAGGUGUGUUUUUAUGACAUACUGUCUAAACAAGACUUCAGCUGCAAGUAUAAACUCCAAGGUUUGAAGUUUACUCCCUGGUGUCUAGACUACUGGGUUGAUCCCUCCAACCUUGACCAGGCUGUUCUCACCAUAGGAGAUAUAGGAGGACAGGUCAGUGCUUUAUAUUUCACUUCAACUCAGAUCUCUCUGUUUGAGCGGCGCAGUCUGAGGACGGACGCAGAUUCAGCAGACAUCAUCCUAUGGGAUGAGCUGGUCAAAGGAAAACAUUGCUCCUGUUACACUGUGACACACCAAGUACACGCACCUGCCUGGGUUAGAAAAGUACGUUACCUUGGCUCACUGGAGGCCUUUGUGUCCUGUAGCACCAGACCACAGAGCAGCGUGGUGAUUGGCUGGAGGGAAAAGGAAAGCAGGAGUCUACGAGUCACGUCUUUAUUUACAAAGAGGGGAGUGUGGGACAUAGACCACCACCGUGGACUCAAUCUGAUAGCCACAGCAGGUGUGGAUCAUCAGGUCUUGCUGUGGAACCCUUACAUGACCUCCGAGCCAGUGUGUGUUCUCAGUGGGCACACAAGCCCAGUCCUUGCAGUUCGCUUCAUGCAGACCAAGCAACAGCUACUUAGCUACUCCAAAGAUAAGGUCCUGUGUAUAUGGGACGUGUCCAGUCAGCAGUGUAUUCAUCGCCUGGCUGGUGUCUUCCCAAAGACGCAGGAGGACACACACACCCUCUUGUUCCUCCAGGAGGAGCGUCAACGCCUCCUGCUCUCCUUCAACAGUCUGCUUCUUCUGCUAGAGACCAUGAAGGAGGAGAAGAGGACCAGCAGCCAUGAACACCCUGUUACCUGUGUGCUGUAUAACAGUCUGUUCAGACAGGUAGUCAGCAGUGACUCUGCCUCCUCUGUGAUCUGCUGGUUGGCUGACAUGGGCCAAAAGGUCAAGCAGUUCCACCGUUGCCAUGGCAAUGCUGAGAUCUCCACCAUGGCCCUGGAUGGUACACAGACCCGGCUGUUUACUGCGGGCACUGACGGAGAGGUCAAAGUUUGGGACUUCAAUGGCCGCUGCCUCCACAGAAUGAAUGCUGGCCUGGGUCGGGCUGUGGAGAUCUCACAGGUCCUCCUGCUGAAGAGGAGCAUACUGGUGAUGGGCUGGGAAAGGAUGUUAACCGUUUUCCGUCUGCAUUCCUUCUCGCAGUCUUUUGUUGAGCCCUCAGAGUGGAAGGGAGGUGUUCAACAUCGCAGUGAUUUGCUCUGCGCCGCGUUCCAGCCUCCACAGACUCUGGUCACAGGAAGCUAUGAUGGCGAGAUUAUAGUGUGGAACAACAGCACAGAAAAAGCUUUGAGGAAACUGCAGCCACAUGCUGAACAUGAAGACCACAAGAAGCAGCAAGGUGAUUCGCCUGAUUCUCAUCAUGGCUUUAAUGGCAAAGAAGUCUCUGAGAACUUCAUUGCCAUCACCAGAUUGUUCUUUAUACCAGGGCGCACAUCUGCAGCUGCAGCCACAGGUGGUGCAGACUUGGUGUCCUGUGGAGGUUCAGGCGUGGUUAGACUCUGGAACACCAUCCAUAGCCGUCUUGUGGGACAGUUCACAGCUCACAACAGAGACCUGGGAUCUAUUGUCAUGACAGUCAGCCCUUGUGGAAAAUAUUUAGUCACUGCUGAUAGAGAGGGAACACUCAAGACAUGGGACAUACAGCAUUAUUGUCUUGAGUCAGAUGACGGAAUAACCUCAGAAGCUCCAAACUUACUGUGUAGUUCCCGCCCACACCUUGAUCGUGUGACUCACUUGGAGACGUGUGUCCAUGGCAACAGGCUCCUCCUUCUCUCUGCAUCAUCAGACUGCAGUGUGGCUCUCAGCUACGUGCCUGGAGAUACCAUUGGUCUAUUUGGACAGGAGGAGCAGUGGUGCUUGGAGAGACCUGGACCGUUGCACCCACAGCAGGAACCAGAGCAGGACCAGAGAAACCACGGAGAACGAGAAAACACCAGACAGUGGGAGGAAGAGAUCACCUCCAGCUCCCAGUGAGAUGUUAUCUAACCCAGGACUUGAUGCCUCAGCAGAAGGAGAGGUGGGGAAAAAAGAUGAGGAUGAGGACAGUGGGACGGAGACAGAAGCGGACAGAAAGAAAAGAAGCUUUAUGCAGGUGAAGAGAUGAGCUGGGCUAAAUUGAAUUGUGCCAUAGUUGUGUUUUAUUUAUUUUAAUUUUUACUGUUCUGUUCCACUGUCUGAUAAAGCUCAACAAUGUUUUCUCCUGUAGGUAGAUAAGAUGACCUGAUGCCAAACUUUUUUAUAUUUACACUGAAUUAUAUGAAAUAGAACUAGAGCAUUGUCUAUCAUGUAGUCAUAGAAAUGGCACCAAAGGGCAGCUUUUUCACAUUUUAUUCCUCUGCCUUAGGACAGUGUGGUGUGUAACAGUGAAUAGUCAUGACUGUCUCUCACAGUCACAAAGAAUGAAAUAGCAUUUUUUAUGCUCCCAGUUCUAUGAUUUUUACUAUGAUGCUCAGAGAACAGAAACAGAUUACAUUCAGCAUUAUUUUCUGGGGAAUCAAGAGUGUGCCUUAUGUUGCAGUGUUGUGGUACAAAAGUCAGUCAGAAUUGAGGGUCUUCACUGGAGUUCUCAAAGUCAGUCCCCCUUUUAUUGCCAGUGGAGUAGCUUCAGGCUCUAUACAGAUUUAACACCAAGAGUUUUUUUCUCUGGUUUUCCAGUUUUAUGAGAUGGAUUUUCAUGUCACACAUACAGAUGGGGCUGUCCUGGGGUUAAUGCUUAUGUGAAUCCAGAAAAACAAAAUCCCGUUUUUAGUACAUUUUGUAGUUUGUAUGACUGUGUUUAUUGAUCAUGUAGUUGUGUGUACAGUCACUCACCAAAAGUGGACAGUCCUCUGGGUAUGACACUAAAGUGACAGUAAACUGGGAUAUAAACUAGCACCCAGACUCAACCAGGCUGACAAUACUGUGAUUAAUUUGUCCUCCAGCCUUCUGUUUUUGCCAAUUCUUGUUCCUUGCUUUAUAGACCUUUUUGUCAUCUACACAGUUGUGGCACAAAGGAGUUAUAGUCUUCUUUCAUAAUCACUUUGUUGUCAUAUGAUAUGUGUAUUCUAGAGGCAGGAUGUGAGGAAACAUUCAAAGAAAGGGGGUAGAAGUGCACAGUUCUCAAGGAUUGAAACAACAAAAAGAAUAUUGUAGCUUGAGCAUGAAUAUUGCUUGACCUUAGAAAUUGUACUUUGACUAAAAUAAUCCUAACUUCAACUCUGGGGUCCAUUUACUUGUUUUUUUCUCCCUUCAAUUGAGUAAAUGCAAUCUGCUGAUGAAGACAGUGAGAAAUAUGUCUGAAAUCUCCAGCGAAUAAAAAGCCACUAAGUGGACGUUAAGAUUGUUUUGACGUUAAGACUGUUUGCAUAUUGCAUACAGUACUUUAUAUGCGUGUGAGCAUGUGGAUAAUGAGGCCCCAAAAAAUGCACUAUGCACUUGGCACAGAUAUGCACUUUUUUGUUGCAACUUUAAAAUGGAUGGCUUUAAAAAAAAAGCCCAUUCUUUGUCUCCAGAAAACCAAGGGGUAGCAAUGUUUCUGCCAUCCAUAUUCAUUUGAAGAUGGACAGCAAAGAGAUCCCAGGUCUAUUUGCCAUCUCUGCUACUGCUUCCUCGUGGAUCUGUUGUUUAACAUGCACACACAACUGGUACAAGAUUUGAAAAGGCCUAUGUGGAGUGCAUGGACUCAGUACCUGGUAUAGGCCUGUGCUUAGAUGAUUUGCUCUAGGAAGACUACUGUAAUUUGAGCAUAAAUGUUCAAUGUUGACCUUUAGGAUUAUGCUCAGACUCUCUUUGCCAUAUACCAAGUAACUAAGAUCACAGCUUGUGGCUAGCACCAAUCUCUUGUUCCAUUCCAAGGUGGAAAGACAUGAAGGGCAGUUUUUAGAAAAAGAUAACAGUUUCACUAUGCUUUAAUGCAGCCAUGACCAUCCUAUCAUGGUAGGACACACUUGUAGACCUUCAGAAUCAGAUAUUGAAGUGUUCAGCCCCAUGCUGACACAAUUUUAUACAGGUAACAUGAAGGUGGAGAGGGAAAGUUGUAAAAAUCUUACAGAAGCUCCUCCAAAGAAUUUUUAAAAUCAUCUAGUCUAGUAAGGUGUGUUUAGACAUCUGUUUGGCAGGAAUACUGAAAUAUAUAGUCCCUUCAAGUCAUGAAGACAGAUGUCUUCAGAUCGAGUCAGCAGUAAUGGUGUACCUGCCUGCCAGUAUAAAGCUCUGUAGGGGUCAUGGAAACAGUUAGUACAUUUAUUACUUCUUAACAAUGGUGUCUGUGAGCGACAAUGAGUGAUGUUAAGCAGUUCAUAAAGGUCGAUCAAACAUGUUAGCAGUCAGAAGUAUAAUGCAAUAUUAAAAACAAUGAAAAAGGGUAAUGAAAAUGGUGGAUGUGGAGAAGAGAGAGUGUCUAAGUGUCUCUGUUAGCCCAAGGGCGAGUCAAAUGACAAAGGACUCCACAUUUUAAAAGAAUAACUAACUUUUGAAACACCUGAAGAGUGUAAAGUAGAGGGAAAGUGCCCACCAGGACUCAACAGGGGGAAUCAAUACAGACAGUGUGAAUCUGUGUGUGUAUGUGUGUGUUUGAGAGAGAGUGUGUGUACUGUACUGAGCUCAUCAGAAAAGUUUGUGUGGUUGAUUUGGUGGAAGGACCAAUUGGCAAGUCUACACUGGGCUACCAGCCAGCUACUGGCCAUGAGGUGAAGAGAAGGAAUGGCCUCACUCCAUCACCAGCUGAGUGUGUGCAUUUGAGUGUGAGUGUGUGUCUAAAUAGCCUCAGUCCAUCAGAGCAGCUAUUCACCGGUGAGUGAGAGCGUCAGGUCUGUUCCGCUCACUCCAUCACUAUGUGUGUGUGUGUGUGUAUGUGAGCAAUACAGGAGUCAUGGAUAUUGAUGGGUGUGGGCGCUCAGUCUAAUCUCUGCGGCAACACAAAGUACUCGGGUAUCCACAGGAGAAAUAAGACACGCUGCCCUGUGACACAGACACACUCAGACAGGGAAGUGCAGGAUUUAAUCUCUUCGUUUUUAUGCAGCCAUAAAGAUCACUUGAAAUUAUAACAAACUAGAUUUAAAGAGAGAAUACUGGGAACAUGUCUAAUAACCAAACGAGUCUGUGAAAUGUGGAUGUCGUUAAAUUUAGCACCAAGUUCGCCCACACGCGCACACACACAUACACACCAUGCAAAAUUCGGGAAAGCAAUUACAAGCAGGCAGGUUGAUUUUGAUUUUAAUUGGAGCCCUUGCUGUGAGCUCCACCUGUUACUGUUGACAGCCAACAAACGUAAAUGUGGAGUUGUCAGUCCUGCAAAACUCCUUUAGUCAGUUUAAUCGAAAUUCCUCAUGGCCUAAUCACCAGUUCCUCCUCCUCCUCCAAGUUCUUCUCAUAAAUUGGUUGAACAGUUUUAAUAUGAGGAGGUGAUUGGCAGUAUUUAGUAAGCUGCAUUUUAUUAUGAAUAUGAUUUUUGCAGAAGUAAUGACCAUGCUGACUCUUUGAAGAAACUUAUUAAACAUUUCCUCAGCGCCAGUCAUCAUGGACUCAGAUUUCCAAUGAUCCAACUUUAGUGUUUUGAUUUCUCUCUCUGCUUCCUACAGUGUCUUGCAGUAUACUUUCUUUUCAUAGUCUCUGUGCCAGUGUCUGGGCUUAUCAUUUUCAUAGAAAUCAUCUUUUAUGCUUGAGUUUUCAUACACAUAGUUCCAUUUCCUAAAAACUUCAGGUUCACACUUCUCUUGGUUGGUGAUGUUUUAGUGUUUGAUUUACAUGCAUGAUUUCAAUUUGAAACUCCUUUCACAUUGUUUUGGAGAUAUUUGUUAAAGGUUUUUGUGUGUGAGCAGCAGAAAAUCAUCCCACUUGACUAGAAAUGAAUAAUGAAGAUUGUGGUAGUGUUUUCCUGUGCUUUUUGCUUUUAUUAUCAUGUAAAAUCAGGUCAGAAUCUGUUCAGAAACUGUCAACAUGCAACCUUACCAAAAUUAGUAAAAUCUUUUUCACAUAUUCACUUUUAUGUACAGGAACACUACCAUAUUUGUAUGUUAAAUGUGAGGCUACAGCCACCAACAGUUAGCUGUUAGCUUAGCUUAGCACAAAGACUUGAAACAUAGGUAAACAGUCUGGCUCUGUCCAAUGGUUUAAAAAAAAAAAGAAAGAUAUCUGCUGAUCAUAUAUGAUAUGUGCAUAUUUACAUAGGUACGUGAUCAAUUUACUCAUCACUUUAUUUUCCCUCAUCCUUGUCAUUAUCACCCCUACCUCUAAACCCAACACAUCACUAACUGAUGAUGGAUUCUAAUGACAGAGCUAGAGGUCAUUAUCAUUAGUGUUAGGUCCGUAACGCAUGCACACACACACAUACACACACCUCAGAUAGUCAGAUAUAGAAACAAAACAUACAAACAUGGCCACAUGUUUGAAUAUGCUGCAGCACAUUAUGACCACCUCUCCUCCUCCUCUGCAUCUACAAUUCAAAAUAGGUCCAGCGUGCAAAUGAUGUGUGACAUAAAAUUCCCAAUUAACUUUAUUCACUGUGUGUAAAAUAUGGGGCCACUGCACAACUGUUCUGUGUUGAAAGAGUGGAGUUAAAUUGCCAGGAAGUGGGCUGAUGAUGCUAGCCCACUGCUGUAUGCCCCUGAGCCUAUGGCAGUGUUAGCAUUUCAAAUUGAGUUACACACUAAAGAAGCAAAGCAGUGCGCCACUGCUAACUCAUCUGUUUAUAGCAGGGCCUGCCUUGUUUGUUCUCUUUAUGUGGGUGUUUUCGGUAUAGAUUUGCAUGUGUAUGUGUGUGUAUGUAUCUACUUCUGAUUGUUUGUCUUAGAAAUAUGAAAACAAAUUACAUUCCUCUGAGUGUGUGUGUGUGUGUGUGCGUGUGGUUGUGAGUAUGUAGGUAUUUGUGUGUACUUGUAUUUUCUCUUGUCCCCUUUCCCAGGAGUUUGUCUAUGGGGCUAAACACUCAUCAUGUAAAUCAGUGAGCUAUUAGGAGCUGGCUGCUCUUCCUCUGCUUUCUUAUGAAGAUGAAUAAGAACCAAGCCAGUGAUAAAGGAGAGAGGGGAGGGAAUGAAAUGAACUCUGUGAUUAAAGUGCACUUCUAUAUCAGCCUCUUGGUGCAGUAUACUUAUCUUGUGUGUGUGUGUGUGUGUGUGAGUGUGUGUGUUCACCUAAUUUGCAUGACUUUCAGCUCCAGUUUAUUUCAGUUUAAUAGUCUCAGUCAUUUGGUUCGUUUUUAAGGUGACAUCUGAGUUGAGUACACACUCUCUGUACACAUUCUCACAGCAUGUGCAUGUAUCUUCAUGAUCAUAUAUGCGUGUCCAUAUAUCACAUAAGUUCAUAUAAUCUGCAGCACCAUUAAAUUGCAAUUCCAUGGCACAUAUUGCUUUCAGAGAAUUAGGUUCACUUACUGAUGAUUUUAACUCAUAAUUGAGGUUAUGAUUAUUGCAAAUAUACAGUGUAUUGUAUGUGCAUAUGUGUGUAUAUAUGUGCAUGCAUGUUUCCACACAUUAAUUGGCCUGAAGCGCCUAAGCUUGUAAUAUUC